UCACAAAUGAGAGAAAUUGAAGCUCUGAGAGGAAGUGACUUGCCCAGGUUCGCACAUAAGAGCAGAACCUGGGAUUCCAAUCAGCUCCCAGCGCUCCAGAGCCCUUCUCUACCUCUGCCCCUGCUGAGCCUGGGCCCGUAGAUGGUGGGAGCCAGACUGGAAGACUGAGUCCUGGAAAGGGGAUGUCAGUCACCAGGGGCACAUCAGGGAUGGGUGGGGCAGGGUCAGUGUUGCCCAUGUACCCCAUGCCAGGGACCUCCCAGUCACUUGCCCCCUGCCCAGGGCUCUGCCAAAGCUGGACAGGCUAAGCUAGAGACAAGGCAGUGGUGCCAGCCCUUUGCCCAGGACCAGAGGGAGGCCAGGAGGAGGUGCCUGUGCUGGUUGGAACCUUCUCCCUACCCUUGCUCGCCUUCCAGUCCCAAGUGACCUUUCCCCCAGAUCCCAGGGUCCAGGCCCGCCCUUGGCUGGAAAGUGUGGGGACAGAGGCAGCUGGGAUUGGUCACAGCCGGUGGAGGCGUGUCAAAGGCUCCAACAGACCCCUGGAGCAGCUGAGCAGAGCAGGUGGACUCCUGAGAUAGACCAGGGCCUCCAGGCAGCCACGGGCCUGUCAGACCAGGACCCUUGCCCUCUAGACAUGGCCUCGGGCCCCGGCAAAUCCCAGCCCCAUGGCCCUGUGAAGUUACAGACAGCCUAAACGCCACCACCACAGGUCCUGUGCCAUGCCCCUGACCCGGGCACAGAAGGCCACUGGCCCGGAGGCUGGGGAGACGGUGCCCCCAGUAGUGGACCUGGUGCUGGGUGCCUCGGCCUGCUGCCUGGCCUGUGUCUUCACCAACCCCCUGGAGGUGGUGAAGACGCGGCUGCAAUUGCAGGGGGAGCUGCAAGCCCAGGGCACCUACCCACGGCCCUACCGGGGCUUCAUGGCCUCUGUGGCUGCUGUGGCCCGAGCAGACGGGCUGUGGGGCCUGCAGAAGGGGCUGGCUGCCGGGCUGCUGUACCAAGGCCUCAUGAACAGCGUCCGUUUCUACUGCUACAGCCUGGCAUGCCAGGCUGGCCUCACGCAGCAGCCAGGAGGCACUGUGGUUGCGGGAGCCGUGGCAGGGGCCCUAGGAGCCUUCGUGGGGAGCCCUGCUUACCUGAUCAAAACACAGCUGCAAGCCCAGACAGUGGCCGAGAUGGCUGUAGGACACCAGCACAAUCACCAGACCCUCCUGGGUGCCUUGGAGACCAUCUGGCGGCAGCAGGGCCUGGUCGGGCUGUGGCAGGGCGUGGGUGGGGCUGUGCCCCGAGUCAUGGUGGGCUCAGCUGCCCAGCUGGCCACCUUCACCUCUGCCAAGGCCUGGGUGCAGGAGCAACAGUGGCUCCCGGCGGACAGCUGGCUGGUGGCCCUGGCUGGGGGCAUGAUCAGCAGCAUAGCCGUGGUUGUCGUCAUGACCCCCUUUGAUGUGGCCAGCACGCGGCUAUACAAUCAGCCAGUGGACAGAGCUGGCAGGGGCCAGCUGUAUGGGGGCCUCACCAACUGCAUGGUGAAGAUCUGGCGGCAGGAGGGCCCCCUGGCACUCUACAAAGGCCUGGGCCCCGCCUACCUGCGCCUGGGCCCCCACACCAUCCUCAGCAUGCUCUUCUGGGACGAGCUUCGGAAACUGGCUGGGCGGGCCCAGCACCAGGGCACCUAGGCGUCGGCCCUCAUCCCCACGUCCUGACAUGGCCUGGCACUUGGCCAGAAGUGAGGGCCUGCUCUUGCACAACCAGCUGUCCCAGGAGGGACCACAGGCCCAGGCCCUGCCACAGACCCCAGGAGAGUGUGGACAGCUCUGGCACCCAGCUCCAUGGCCCACCCAGGGCCAGAACAUCCACUUCAAGUUACCACUCAUUCUGUCUUCCAGACAGUUCUCUUCCUUCUCUGCACUGGGUCUCCAAAUCCCAGAGCCUUAGUCAUAACAACUGCUGCAGGCAUGCACACAGCAUGGGCCCAGUGACUUACAUCCAUCAGCUCACUUAGGCCUCAGACAGCAGCUCGAGGCAGACACUUUGCCCUCGUUUACCAUCAGAGGCUGAGAGCAGUGGUGUGGCUUUGACUGCAGCCACACAGCUUUGAAGUGCAGAGCCAGGACUGGAACUUAGCCCUGCUUACCCCAGACCUAUGCACUUGACAAGUGUGUGACUGUGCCAGGCCCAUGGGCCGGGACUGCCCUUAGUAGGGACCACUGUGUAUGGCGAGAGCUGGGGAGCACCGGAGGCUGCGCCGUUGUCACCUGCCUCAUUUGCUGGAGCAGCCGUAAGCCGUAGCAAAGAACCACAGACCGGGGGACGUAGACUAGAGCAAUGUAUUUUCUCACCGUUCUGGAGGCCGCUUGCUCGAGACCAAGGCGUCAGCAGGCUGGUUUCUUCUGAGGCCUCUCCCCAUGGCUUGCCGAUGCCGCCUUCUCCCUGUGUCUGCACAUGGUGGUCCCUUGGUGUGGGUGUGAGUCUGGGUCCUGAUCUCCUCCUAUUUUUUUUUUUUUUUUUUUUGUUAUUGUUACGGAGUCUCUCUGUUACCCAGGCUGGAGUGCAGUGGUGUGACUUCGGCUCACUGCAACCUCCGCCUCCUGGGUUCAAGCGAUUCUCCUGCCUCAGCCUCCAGAGUAGCUGAGAUUACAGGCGUGCACAACCACACCCAGCUAAUUUUUGUAUUUUUAGUAGAGACAAGAUUUCAUCAUGUUGGUCAGGUUGGUCUUGAACUCCUGACCUGGUGAUCUGCCCACCCUAGCCUCCCAAAGUGCUGGGAUUACAAGCAUGAGCCACCGCCCCCGGUCCUGAUCUUCUCCUCUUAUAAGGACACAAAUCAUGUUGGCUUAGGGCCCAUCCUCAUGAUCACACUUUAACUUCUUUUUUUUCUGAGACAAAGUCUCACUGUGUUACCCAGGCUGUAGUACAGUGGCUCAAUCUCGGCUCACUGCAACCUCUGCCUCCCAGGUUCUAGCAAUUCUCCUGCCCCAGCUUCCCAAGUAGCUAGAAUUACAGUUGUGCACCACCACACCUGGCUAAUUUUUUAAUUUUUAGCAGAGAUGGGGUUUCACCAUGUUGGCCAGACUGGUCUCGAACUCCAGACCUCAAGUGAUCCACUGGUCUGGCCUCCCAUAGUGCUGGGAUCACAGGCAUGAGCCACCUCAUUUGGCCUCAUUUUAACUUAAUUAUCUGUCAAGACCCUAUCCCCAUAUACAGUCGCAUCCUGAGCUGCUGGGGGAGGAUUUCCACAGGCACAUUUGCAGGGGCCGCAGUUCAGCCAGCACCAUCUAACAGCUCUCAUAGAGGGCCUGCCAGCUGCCUGCACUGUGGCCAUUUGCAUGUAUCCCGACAAACCUGAAAGGAGCUCCGGGUGUCCCCUGUUCAGAUGACGGGACUGAGGCCCAGAAAAGGGAAGCGAUGUGGCAGGGCCCGCAGCAGGCCCUGGGCCCUUUCUCUAGACUGAGCACCACUCCCCAUGGGCGUGCUCUCAACGCCGCACCAGCCUUUACACUGCAGAGAUGGACAGCAGCUCCGUGGCAGGGGCAGGAUGGCCUAGGCCUAGCAGCCCCACCUGUCCCCCCAGCCACACCCCGUCUGUAAGGGCUACUCCCAGGAACACCUGCUACUGCACGCUCCAAACCAAUAAAGUUUUCUACUUUGUUUACUUCAA